AUGAAGACACUAGUGCUGUUGCUGUCGGUGGUGGCAGCUGCUUCUGCACUUCCCGAGGGGGGCUACGGUGGGCAAGGACCCGACGGGCAGGGAUCGGGUGGGCAAAUAUCCGGUGGACAAGGCGGCCAGUUCUCCUCAGCACCCGCACGAUAUGGAGGACAGGGAGGCCAGUACGGCGCCGCCCCCGCCAGGUACAACUUCCAGUGGGACGUCAACGACCAGCCAUCAGGCAACUUCUACGGUCACGGAGAGCAGAGGGACGGAGACAACACCCAGGGCAGUUACUAUGUCCAGCUGCCUGACAGUCGUCAACUGAAGGUUGAAUACUUCGUUGAUCAGUUCGGUUACCACCCCACCGUCACCUUCGAGGGCGAUGCCCAGUACCCCAGCGGUUCCGGUCAAGGUAGCGGGUCACAGAAGGGCUACUACCAGUAG